UGUUAUAUGACCCCAGGUCACUUGGAGAGGUGCACACACGUGCAUAUGGCGGGAGUGAAAUUCUGUCAUAACUUAUAUGCAGUUUUUGGAGUAACGUCGCCGCUUGAAAAGCGUCAGGAUGGCAGAAUUUGUGCAGCAGAACAUCGAGAAGAUGCUGCCGGAGCUGGAGCAGCUAGAACGGGUCGGCGUCUUCGACAAACACGAGAUUAAAGUUAUCAUCAAGAAGAGAACAGACCACGAGUACAGACUGGUGAGGAGAACCAAGAAGAAGGAAGACUUUCUGCGCUACAUCCAGUAUGAGAUCAACACCCUGUCUCUUAUACACCAUAGACGGGAGAAACUGGGCUAUUUCUUCAAGAAGGAGGAGAUAGAAUAUGCCAUUGUUGGAAGGAUCCACUAUCUGUUCAAGAGAGCGAUCAGGAAAUGGCCGGAAGACUUGAAGAUGUGGAUGUCACAUAUUGAGUUCUGCAAGAAAUGGAACAAGAGGAUCCAGCUGUCCAAGAUGUUUGCCAGCCUGCUGUCUAUGCACACUAAUAAACCAGGUUUGUGGAUCAUGGCUGCCAAAUGGGAACUAGAGGAGAACCAAUCAGCUGACAAUGCCCGCAGUCUGCUACAGAGAGCACUCCGCACUCACCCUGAGUCUAAACAACUCUGGCUGGAGUAUUUCCGAAUGGAACUCCUUCACACAGAAAAGGUCAGAAUCAGAUGGAAUAUCAUCAGCAGUGAGUUCUCCAGGCCAGAGGGUUCAGAAGACAUCCCUGAUGCCUUGUUCCAAGGAAAGGCAGCUAUUAUAGUCUACACAAAGGCCACUGAAGCUAUAGCAGAUGACAUAGAAUUCAUCCUGUCCUUCAUUCCUGUCUGUCAGAAGUUUGACUUCACCAGUGAGCACCAAGAUCUCAUCUAUAACGAUUUACAGGAAAGGUUUGCUGACCAUGAGUUGACGUGGAAUGCCAUAGCCCAGCGGGAGAUGCAGGGAGAAACAACUGCCAUUGAGGAGGCACAGAAGAGAGGGCUGAACCAUGAGCUUGCUGUACUGAACUUGAUUGACAAGGCUUGCCAAGUCUAUGACAAAGCUGUACAAAAAGUCAACACAGUAAAAAUGUGGUCUCUGUACUGUGACUUUCUGACUGAGAAAUUACAAGAAACAGCCUCAGAAUCAUUCAUGGACCAGGUAUCCAGUAGACUGCUCAACAACCUAUCAGCAGCUCAAGAAGAAGACAACAUGUCAGAACAAAUGUAUGGUACAUGGGUUGAUUUACUGGAACAGUUAGGGAAGUUAGAGGAGGCUACAGAAGUGUCAGCCUCAGCUACAGACAAGUACACCCAGUCCUCAGACCUGUGGGUACAGAGACUCAAACUACUGGCAGCCGGGGGAGCCAAUCAGAUCAACCCUGUGUUCCACAAGGCCAUUGCCAAGGUCAAAAGCAAAGAUUCGAUUUCCCUCUGGACCUUCAGGAUAGAAUGGGCCAUCAGUAACAGAGAGGAACAGGUGGAGGAUCUGUUUCAGAAAGCCAUUCUGAGUGUGAAGACAUGGUCCACCCCCAUACAGGAAUGGUACGUCCAGUGGGCUGUGGUGAGUGGGGGCAUCAAGAAGACAAGGGCUGCCUACAAAUGGCUGACAGAGACCAAGUUUGUUCCUCUUCCAGUCUUCAGGAAGUACAUUGAAUUGGAAAGUGGGCAGCUCAAGCCUAAGAUGAAGCUCAUUAGAAACUGCUAUGAAGCUGCACUGAGAGAAUAUGGAGAUGCUGAACCGGACCUGUGGCUGGACCUUAUAAAGCUGGAGAGGACCCACCCUGAAGGGAAACCAGAGAAUGCGGGCCAUCUGUACUGGAGAGCUGUGAAAACUCUCAGUGGAGAACAGAACCAGUACUUCAUUAGUAGGUAUGCACUGGUGCAGACUGGUCAUUUGGAGCAAUAGGGAAGUAGCAAGGUAGCAACAGCAACAUACAUGUACAUUUAAAUGCCACAACUGGUGUGGAUGUAAUAUCACUUGCUGGUUGUGAUUAUCAUAAAAUUCAUAAUAGGAUGUCAUGCUGAUAGACUUUUUUGUUAUGAAGAAUGUCAAAAAGAUUGGAGAGCAUCCUAUCUUGUAAAUUCAUUGGCACAGCGGUAAAUGAUAACCAUACAUGUAUACUUUCAGAGAAUUGAAUGUUUACUGACUGAUGAAGCAUAAUUUUGACACACAUUACUGGUAAGGGUACAAUUUCUAUCUUUUGGGUUUGUUCAAGUUCAAGUUUUCUUUCCUGUUUUGUUAAGCAGUGUAUCUGAUCUGAGUUCUACAAAUGGUAAAUGGUAUUGAUACAGUCUAGUAAUAUAUCUUAAGGCAGAGAUUUAUGAAAUUUCACCGAUUCUGCCAAAUCAAAGUAUACAUGUAUCUGUUGAACAGGAUGCUUUCUUUUUUGUUACAUACAUUUAUGUGGGCCAUGUUAAGACAUUCAGAUCAAGGUCAAUUUAUUGUCUUGUAUGGGAGAAGUGUCAUGUAUACCUGUGAUUGUUGAUAGUGUGCUCCUGAAAUUCAAAUAAUUUGACAACACAGGAUCCAGUAGAUCAAUAAAACUAUGUAAUUACCAAGAUGCAUAUCAAAUAAUGAUUGACACCCCCCCUUUCCCUCCAAAAGAAAGAAAUGGAACAAGCAAUUAGCAAAUAAUCUCUGGUUUAUUU